AUGGCAUUUGUUAACUCAGAAUAUUGUUUUACAUUUGUUGAUGUUGGUGCGCAAGGAAGAAUGAACGAUGCGGGUGUGUAUGCUACCACGAGUGUUUAUCGCAAAAUAAUUCGUAAUGAACUUCUCCUUCCACYACCUGAGCCCUUAUUAGGACGACUAAAGAAGGUUCCAUAUGUUUUUAUAGGCGACGAUGCAUUUCCCAUGAGUAAUACUCUUCUAAAACCUUACGGAGGAAAUCAUCAAAAAGGUAGUUUAGAACGAAUUUUCAAYUAUCGUUUGUGUCGUGCACGUAGAGUUGUAGAAAACGUUUUUGGUAUUUAUGCAUCAGUUUUUCGAGUGUUCAGAUCACCUAUGUUACUACAACCAGAUAAAGCUGCUUUAAUAUGCAUGACAUGCUGUUUACUUCAUAAUUUUCUACGGAGAAGCACAACAUCAAGAAAAAUCUAUACCCCAACUGGUACUUUUGAUUAUGAAGAGGAUGGAGAAUUGAUUCCCGGAACAUGGC